AUGUUUAGCCGCCCAGUCGCAAUCACUAUUCUAAUAUUAAACUUUGGCAAGCUCAUCUGCAUACUAUCAGUGUGGGGUUUGCUUCGAGACAAACUACUGGUUACCUUAGGUAAUGCCAUAUCAUCUUUCAUACGCUCUCCCGACGAUACCACCCGUGGAUACUGCGAGCCUGGUGGAUGUGGUCUCUCACGUAAGAACUUUUUCGGGUUAAGACGAGAUUCAGCCCUAACAAACCCAAAACAGAUACGGCAGUAUCCUUGGACUAGCUAUCGGUCCGGCAUUCAAUCAAGGGCAUCCCAUGACGCAGUUGGCCCUGCCAUUACAGCCAACUUAUCACAGCUUACCAUUACCGUUCUCGCCUUUACUACCAUUAAUCUAAUCACCCGAAUGCGGCUCGCUGCUGAAUGGAGCGAGUACGCCUUCCACCGUAAAGGCCUUCGCGUCUCCGACCCGAGAUUACACACCCAAGAACGCGGCACAUUCCUCUUUCAGCUACCGUGGCGCUUUGCGGUGCCAUUACAGGGCUCAUUUGGGCUUAUGCACAUGCUGGCGUCACAGACCUUGUUUCCCGUAUUUAUUGAGCCUUCAAACGACUUUGGGGAUCCAAUCCCACAUCCACCGUUGUCCAUAUGCGCGCUAAACCCGAUCGCAAUGAUGACUACAUUCGUAGUUGGCGUGUGCAUCAGUGUGGCGACGCUUGCGCUAUCAAUGAAAAGAUUGAAGCCGGGUAUGCCGCUGGUUGGGAGUUGCAGCGCCGCAAUUUUAGCUGCGUGCCAUCCUCCAAAAUCAUCGGAUGGUAACUUCGACGAGACGAAGCCCUUACAAUGGGGCGCCAUACCGCAGGGGCUUCUGGAAAAUGAGGAGGAAGGAUCGCGUAUUGGACACUGUUGCUUUACCAAUGGUCCCGUAGAGAUGCCGGUACCAGGCGAACGAUAUGCAUAG